AUGUAUGGAUUUCUCACCGGUCAGAGGAAUGAGUUGGGCUCACAGACUUACAAACGUAUCUUCAGUCCACUUAUGGCUGCCCUCUUAUCCCAGACAACUCAUGCUUUGGAUAUAGCAUGUUCCUUGUCGUGUGCCUCUAGGUGGGUGCUAACACCAUCAGCAACCUCGAAUGAGACAUACUCAGACCGUGGCUUAAAACACAGAAGGCCUCAUGUUUUCAAUCGGGACAGUAUUUUUGUAAGCGAGCCAGUUCGCUGUGCAGACCCAAAUCACGAUUUCCAGAGAGUUGAUCAAUACGGCUGCUCCAAUGAUGUUAGUGCUCGAGGCUUUGAUACCCAGCAGAAUGGGCAGGAACUGCCUCAGUGUUGGUUGCUGCGCUUUCUGACCACGUGCCGAGAACUGGGCUGCACGAAUAAGCUGGGGACAACGAUAGACGCCAACACCCCUCUCAGCCAAGGCCAAGGCAAGGCAAGACAGGGCCCGCGGCUGUGCAAGGCGAUGAGGUACUGGGCCUGGGUAUCAAGAGCGUUGCGGUGUGCGCCGUCAUACAGCAGUUCAUCCAGCAGCAGCAGAAGAUUUUGGGCUUCUGUCACCGUCUACAUGAUGACAGGUCCCAGAUCUGUUCUUCGACGUGUGGAUGUUUUUGACAAUGCUAUUGAGGACACAGCCAAACAGGAACGGACACAGAGCACCGUGACACCUUGCUACUUAACACUCCUGAGCAGCAUUAGGCUUCUGGAAGCCGCUGCAAGACUCACUUUCUCACAAACACCUAGUAAAGUCGCCGAGCUGGCCCAACUCAAGAGCGAGUCUCCGCUCUGCCUCUUGCGGGCGGAGAUACCACCAUCCAUCGUGGGUGUGGAAGACCGUCUCGAUCAGGGGCGCACGCCUCGCCCAUAUGCCAACGGUUCCUCCGUUGGAAGACUGGGUUCUCAGGCUGUUGCGGUGGAUUUUGCCGCCCUCUUAAAGGCAUCUCAUGAGCCUUCAGUCUCGCCGCCUCGUCGACCACAGCCAGUUCCAGCCUUCACUUAUCAGCAACUCCCUCACAAGAUCCCAGCAGCUUCACCCAGACCUGUUGCGCAUGCUGCACCUCCAGCACCUGUAGCUCCUACACAGAUGUCUGGAAGGCGAGGCAUGCCUCCUCACGCCGGGGACCAGCCACCUGUUAAAAAGCAGAGUAAAUGGUCGCCAGAGGAGGACGCACUUAUCAUUGAGCUCCGAGGGAAGGGGAUGAAGUGGGAGGAUAUCUCAAAGCGCCUACCUGGCCGAAGUGCGAUAAGUUGUCGCCUACAUUACCAAAAUUACCUCGAAAGGCGGAGUGAAUGGGACGAAGAGCGAAAGAACAAGCUUGCCAGGCUUUACGAAAGAUUCAAGCCAGAGAUGUGGGCUAAGGUGGCGGAAGAGAUGGCAGUCCCUUGGCGAGCAGCAGAAGCUAUGCAUUGGCAGUUGGGAGAAGCAGACAUGGCCCGACGUGCAGGAGUAAUCCCUUUCUCGUUGGCUGCAGUUAACGUCGAAGGAAACAACAACCACAGGAGCUCACCAUCACGCAGCCACAUUCACUCACAUUCUCAGGGAAGCAUGCCUCGCGACCUUGGAAUGCCAUCGCCACGAGUUGUGUACAACAGAGCGCCACCAAUGCCCCCUGCCAGCAACCGAGCCAUUAUUUCCCGCCGAGAAUCGAUCCCACCACCGCCCCCUUUACCUAUGGGUCCUGAGCCUGCCGAAGUCCAAUAUGUACCAGGCCCUGGAUUGGCGCCGAUUCAGAACCAACCGACGCCUCGAAGUGCCGGCAUGCUUCCUGGAUUUGCUGAACUCACUGGUGGUGUCAGUCCCUACAGUACAGCCUCUGCUGUGCCCAGCAUGGGACCCGUGGGCGUAAUGGGCCAAGGCCCCUUGUAUUCAAGUCUCGCCAGUUACUCAAUUGAAUCGGCCGGAUCCAAGCGAAGGGCUUCUCCAGACCCGUAUCAAUACGAGCCAAAUCAACGACGACGCAUCGCAUAG